AUGGUGUAUACACGAGACAAUGCUUCAGCCGCUACGUUAUCAACGCCCGGAAGAUGUUCAAUCGAAGUUGUGAAUUGCGAUUUAUACGACAGUUGUCUUUGUUGUUGCAGUGCAGCUUUUUCGGAGCUUUGUAAAAAAGCGUAUACAAGCGCUAACGCAAUCCGGCAGAGUAUUGACCCAAAGGUAGCACCGUGCAAUGACUUUUAUGCAUUUGCCUGUGGUAAUUUUUUAAAAACCGCAGUCGUUUCCAAAGAUAAUAUGAGUGUCGACAGAUAUAGUAUCCUGCAACCUAAAAUGGAGAAGCAACUGAGAGGUGUCAUUGACGGACCAGUUCAAAACAAUGAACCAAGACACAUCACACUAUCGAAAAACUUCUACCAGGCUUGCCUCAAAUCGAGUGUAAAUAAAAAAAAUAGUCGUCAAGAAUUUCUGAGCAUAUUAAAAAAUCUAGGUGGCUUGCCUAUGCUUGAAGGGGACUCAUGGAAAGAGACAACAUUUGAUUGGAUACAGACAAGUCUUGGCAUGGUGACACAGGGAUUGAUGAUUGAUGGCUUCUUUACCUUCGAUAUAGUCACAGAUUUUAAGGAUAGUACGAAAAAUGUUUUGGAUAUCGACCAACCAAUGAUGUUUCUUGAUCGCGAAGCUUUCAUAAAAGGGUUCAAAGACAAGACCGUGAGUGACUACUUCAAUACUAUGGUUAACACGGCUGUAAAAUAUGGAGCAAAUAAAGCUAGAGCUCAAAAAGAAUUAAGGGAUGUUCUCGAUUUCGAAAUAAGCCUCGCUAGUAUCACUAUAAGUGAGGCACAAAGGAGCAAUCCAGCAGCUCUCGAAAACCUAAUGACACUAAAGGUCCUCACAAAAACAUAUCCGUAUGUUCCCUGGAAGAAAUAUUUCAACACAAUUCUCAAAUCGGCGUUUGUAAUUGGUGAUGAUGAAAUAAUAAAAGUAAGCGUGCCUUCCUUUUUCGCAAAAUUAGGACCAUUGUUGAAAAAAACUUCAAAAAGGGUUCUGGCUAAUUACCUCAUCUGGAAAGUACUUGAAAUUCAAAUGCAAGGUUCUUUCUCCAAGCAGGAAUGCCUCGAUAUGACAACUGGAUUUCUAGGUUUGAGUGCUGGUGCUCAGUAUGCCAGUAAAUACUUCUCAUCAAAAGCAAAGAAAAGUGCAGAAGAAAUAGCAGUCAAUAUUGAACAACAGUUCUCAAAAAUGCUAAAAAAGAGUAUAGAAUAG